UGGGUCGCCGUCCACAGCCUGCUCCACUCCUUCGUCCAGGCCGAGGCGGCUUCCAGGUGGCCAGCUUGCGGCGCAGAUAGGGGGCUUCUCGCAGCGCGGCCAUCUUCCCCAGCGCGGCUAUCUUCCCCAGCGCGGCCAUCUUCCCCAGCGCGGCGGAUUCGCCCGAUCCGAACCCUGCUGGAGCUGGAGCCGACGGGGACGGAUCCGGAUCCCGCAGGCAGCAAGACCCGCCGCCGGUUCUUCAAGUUGGCGGAGGAGGAGGGGGACAAGACCUCGUCGGCGCCGCCCGCAUCGGCGUCGGCGAUCUACCCGACGCCGUCCUCCAGGACAUCAUCGCGCUCCUCCCCACCAAGGAAGCCGGCGCCGUCUCCCGCAUCCUCGCCGCUCACGGCGGCCCAGGUAAGCUGAGCCUUUUCAGCAGUGCUUGCCGAUUGUAGCAAGGUAAGCUGAGCCUUUUCAAUUUCAGCAUCUCGGAGUGGUGAUGGCAAUGGAUGGGGGAAGGGAAGAUGGCAAUUUCGCUGGUGCAUCCUCCAGUGGUGCCGCCGGCGCAUCAUACAGUGGUGCCAUUCCUAGGCGAACAACGGACAGUAAUAGUGGAGUGGAGGUGACUGCAAAAGAUGGGAGAGUGGUGAAGUUAAAUGGACCAAUUGAGGUCACAUGGAGCCAUGGCGAGCCUUACCCCAAACCUAAUGGGGCUGGAUUUCUGUGCUACUAUUGUUUUAAAACAAAAAAGGGUGGUGGUGUAUCUCGUCUAAGGGAGCAUCUUGGUGGAAUAACUGGGAAUGUAGUGGAGUGUAAAAAUGUGCCAACGCAUAUUAAGAAUAUAAUGGCAGAUGAAUUUGCAUCAGGAAGAAUAAGAAGGAAGAGAAGUACUAAUCUUCGUCUCUAUGUUGAAAAGGAGGUGGCAACAGAAAGGGUAUCUGGUAGGACAAGCAUCCCUCUUGAUGAAGAAGCACAGAUUGAGAUGGCAAUGAGAGAGUCUCUAAGGGAUUCUAAUUCUGCCAUGCAGCAAGAUAAUUCUUCAUCUUUUGGCAAGUCUGUUUGUAACAAGGCUGGUGCAAGUUAUUCAGCUAAUCAGCAAACUACGAUUGAUAGAUACUAUAAAGGUCCUGGAAGUUCUUCCAAUGCUCCUUUUGAUGUCGAUUUGGCUCGCAGUAAGGCCCAAGCACAACCUCGGGUGGAUGUUAUGCUAGAGGGGGUUGCCAAAGAGCAGCUUGGGAAAGCUUGGUCAAAAUGGUUUCAUGCUAAUGAUAUUCCCGGAAGAAAAGCGGACUGCCCAUACUUCCGCUCAGCAAUUAAGUUAACCCAACAAUUUGGUGAAGGAGUGCCAAUUCCACGUGGGAAAGAAAUAGAUGGUCCCUUGCUGGAUAUGAAUUAUGCUGACAUGGAGGCUCACAUGGCUGCCUUCAAGGAUGAUUGGAAAGAUUAUGGGGUUACUGUCAUGUGUGAUUCAUGGACAGGUGAAUACUUGUACCUUUGUAGGCCUAUAUUUUGUUGCACUGUCUGUAAAUGCAACCGGUGA